AUGGGUAGUGGUGAUUCAGACAUUGCACCGCAUCCCGAGAAGAUAAAGAUUGUGGCCACAUGUCUGGUGGUUGCUGUUGGCGUAUCCCUCUUAGGCAUCUAUCUCAAGUCCGGCGCCGAAUGGAGGUUUAAUUGGUCAUUGGCUUUAAAGAAAAAGAAGAAGCCAGUUCGAGUUUACAUGGACGGCUGUUUCGACAUGAUGCACUACGGCCACUGCAACGCUCUCCGCCAAGCACGCGCCCUCGGAGAUCAAUUGGUGGUCGGCGUUGUUAGCGACGCCGAAAUCAUAGCCAAUAAAGGUCCUCCGGUGACGCCUCUCCACGAGAGGAUGAUUAUGGUAAAUGCGGUGAAAUGGGUGGAUGAGGUGAUUUCGGAUGCCCCCUAUGCUAUUACUGAAGACUUCAUGAAGAAACUUUUUGAUGAAUAUAAUAUUGAUUAUAUUAUUCACGGAGAUGAUCCUUGCGUUCUCCCUGACGGCACCGAUGCUUAUGCGCUCGCUAAGAAAGCUGGCCGUUACAAGCAGAUUAAGCGCACUGAAGGCGUCUCCAGCACUGAUAUCGUCGGCCGCAUGCUGUUGUGUACGCGAGAGAGAUCGAUUAGUGACAGUCACAAUCAUUCAUCAUUGCAAAGGCAGUUUAGCCACGGACACAGACAGAAAUUGGAAGAGGGUGGAUCCGGAAGUGGAACUCGGGUUUCUCAUUUCCUACCUACGUCACGCAGAAUUGUUCAGUUCUCCAAUGGCAAGGGGCCUGGGGUGGAUGCUCGCAUAGUUUAUAUUGAUGGUGCAUUUGAUCUCUUCCAUGCUGGACAUGUCGAGUUGGCUAAAGUAAUCGGUUUGUGCCUCCAUCAGAAAAAUAACCGCUAUCUGUCGUUUAGAUUCUCAGGCUUGCUAGAGCGCUUGGAGAUUUUCUUCUUGUUGGAAUACACAAUGACCAGACCGUCAGCCAUUUGCAAAAAUCUUCCAAAUGAGGUUCAUUUUCUAGCAUGUAGGCAUGUGCAUGGCACAAGUGCCAAAAGAGGAACGCACCGUCCUAUUAUGAAUCUUCAUGAAAGAAGCUUAAGCGUGUUGGCUUGUCAAUAUGUGGAUGAGGUGAUUAUAGGUGCUCCUUGGGAAAUAUCUAGAGACAUGAUCACAACCUUCAACAUCUCUACAGUUGUUCAUGGGACAGUUGCAGAGAACAAUGAAUUUCAGAAGGAACUAGACAACCCAUAUGCUGUGCCAAUCAGUAUGGGUAUCUUCAAAGUUUUGGAUAGCCCUUUGGAUAUUACAACAACCACGAUAAUUAGGAGGAUAGUAUCAAAUCAUGAAGCAUAUCAGGGAUUAGAUACUUAUUUGGUGCAUACUUAUUGUUCUGGUUCAAGCUCACAGAAGUGCAUCUUUUGUAUGCAGAAACGUAAUCAGAAGAAGGCAGAAAGUGAGAGGAGGUAUUAUGAGGAUAAAACUCAUGUACCUGGUGAUUGA